AUCUCAACAGCUACUAGAUUAGACCAUCAGAUUGUCAAUGCAUUUUCUACAGACAUUCAUGGUCCCAAGAGGAUGAGUCCUACUGAUUGGUGAUCUUCUGACUUUCCCUCUGGCACAGCCAUGACUUAGAAUAUUUUUUAUUUUUAGUGAAAUGUCUUAUCUAUUGGAUGUAUUGCCAUGAAAUAUGGUAAAGACAUUCAUUAUUUUUGUAUCAGUCUAUACAUUGUUUUUUUAGGAAAUUAUUGCAUAUUAUACCCUUUUUUUAAAGUUGUACAAAGCCUUUGUGUUUCCAAAGGGAGCUGUGUGAAAUCUGAUAAAUUGCCUCAAGUGAUGUCUCCUGAGUCAGUGUCAUUUGGGACUGAAGACUACAAGUUUGAAAAUUAAAAAGAUCUGCAGGGAUGAAAGCAUAGAAGACGGACCUCUGUAACCUGCUCCUCUUUGUUGUUUGAGGCUAGUGGCUCCAGGCUACAAUAACGGCUGCUAGCAUAACGCACCCAAAUCUCUGACUCUGACCAAACUGUCUCCUCUCGAGUUGCAUUGUGGGUGACGUAGACGCCGGGUUUUGACAAGGAAAAAGGAUGUGUGGAUCUCCGUAGGAGUGCAAUGCUAAAUUUGUGGAGUUCUCUGUUAACUUUUCAUCUAGCACCAUCAACAGAUCGGAAUUUGAAUUUGUCCAAUACUUUGCUUUAUGACCAAAUGCCUGCAAAACUAACAACAUUCCCAUCAGCCUCAGCUCUAUUUUGUUUUUAUUGCUAGUUCGUGAAUGUCUGCAUACUAUAACGUCAAACUGUGAUGAUGAACAUGGUAAAGAUUAUACCUGCUAAACGUCAGCUUGUUGGCAUGUACCACUGUGCCUGACUGCAGCUUCACAGAGCUGCCAGCAUGGCAAUUACAAAUUGUAGUUUCUGUAUCUGAUUGUGACAAGACAAACGGCUCCACCUUAUCAUACACUGGCCCUGAGUUGUUCCACUCCACGGUACUAUCUAUAGAUAACUCAGCCUCGACACACACAGUUCCUUUUUAUGAAGUGAAAUGCCCUGAACUGGUUCCUUUUUCUGUUGCUAUACAGGUACUUGUCACAGAUACACGGUUGGUGUUAAAGAAACAUGUUAACACGCAUACGCUCGCACAGGCCUUAUUUGUAGUAAUCUGCAUUUGGCCUGCAGACGUGUAAGAACAGUUGGUGAUUUGCAGCACCAGCCAGUUUCACUUUGUCUUUUUGCUUGUGACCUGCAAACUGACGCUUGCUUCACUAUUUAGCUUUUUUACCUGACACUUAAGAGAACUAUAUGGAAUCUGUUUGUUUUUCUGUACAAGGUGUUUUCUCCAGACGUGCCAGGUUCAGCCACACACACACACACGCACGUCUAUCGUCCAUAAAAGCAGCCUCGCUGUCUUCCACAGGUUUUGUGGAUCUGCAGACAGAGAAAACUGACCUGAUGGAAACCGUUGGAGCGAUUCCUUUCCUGGACUACAAGCACUUUGCCUCCAGGAUCUUUUUUCCAGAGAGUGAAUCUCUGAUGGCAUUGUGCAUCAAAGACAUUGGUCAGGAUGUGGUGAAGGUUCAGCUUGACGAAUGUUGCCAGGGUGUGUCCAGGCUGCUCCAGGACCAGCUCUUUCUCACAUCUAUGGUGCACGCUCUGGAAGAGCAGAAGAGCUUCACUCUCAAAGACAAGUGUGUGUUGGCUUCAUUACUGACCGUAGCGCUCCACAACAACUUGUCGUACCUGACGGAGGUGAUGGAGGCUCUGCUUAAGUCUCUGACUCAGCAGAACAGCAACGCUCAGCCCAAACUGCUGCUACGACGCACUGAGUCCACCGUGGAGAAACUGCUGACCAACUGGAUGUCCAUCUGCCUUUACGGCUUCCUCAGGGAAAGUGUUGGCCAGCACCUGUUCCUGAUGGUGAGCGCUCUCACGCAGCAGACGGCAAAAGGACCUGUGGACUGCGUGACCGAGAAAGCUCUGUACACACUCAGCGAGGACUGGCUGCUGUGGCAGGCUCAAGACUUCACCUCCCUGAAGCUGAAGGUGCUGUUUGCAGUGGGCAGUGACGGAGAGGUCAGCGAGCCUCUGGAGGUUAACGCUCUCAGCUGUGACUCAGUGGAGCAAGUCAAAGAGAAAAUCCUGUCCACCUUCAAGGCCAAGUUUGGGUUCCCCUACAAUACCCACCUCCGGGACGUUCGUAUCGAGUAUGAGAAGAAUGGAUUGUUUGUUGCUCUCGAAGAAGUGGAUGCGAGCUCUGAGGUUAUCGGGGAGGUGACGAUGCUCAACACACUCGAGCACUACAAGGUUCCUGAUGGAGCUACAAUCAAAGUGCUUUCGAGGAAAAGUCGUCAUCCUCUGAGCCCGCAGGGAAGUGUGAAGGACGAUGAGAACUUCUCGGGAAAAUACUUCCACUUGAUUGAUCCUGAUGUAGACAAGGACCAAAGAAAGAACCCAGAGAGGAAGAAGUUAAAACUGAAGGAGGUGCAUCUCACCAAGCUGCUCUCUACCAAGGUGGCGGUGCAUUCAUUUGUGGAGAACCUGUUCAGAUCUAUCUGGGGGAUGCCACACAGCAGAGCCCCGCAAGCUAUCAAAUACUUCUUUGACUUCCUGGACACUCAGGCAGACACCUUGAAGAUCACCGACCCAGAUGUCCUGCACAUCUGGAAGACCAACAGUUUGCCUCUGCGCUUCUGGGUUAAUAUCCUGAAAAACCCCCAGUUUGUCUUUGACGUGGAGAAGACUCCCCAACUCGAUAGCUGCCUAACUGUUAUCGCUCAGGCCUUCAUGGACUCCUUCUCCCUCAGCGAGACCCAGCUGGGAAAGCAUGCACCAACCAACAAGCUACUCUACGCCAAAGACAUCCCCAAGUUCAAACAGGAAGUGAAGGCCUACUACAAGCACAUCAGAGACCAGUCACAAAUUACACAGUCAGAAUUCAAGGAAUUCCUGCAGGAAGAGUCAAAGAAACACGAAAACGAGUUCAACGAAGCUGCAGCCCUCGGAGAGAUCUACAAAUUCAUACAGCGAUACUUCACCGAGAUCAAAGAGAAGCUGGACAAAGACGGAGCCCCUACUGAGCUGAUGGAGCAACUACAUCAUGUUAAGAGCUUGUUUGAUGGACUAAAAAGCUGCUCCUGGAACUGAGCUGCCAUCCUUUUACUUGGAACUUUUUUUCCCAGAGUGGAUCAUCUCCUGCUACAAAGAUGAGGUACUGCCAAACAUGACAGUUAUUACAUGAACAAGUGAGGAGUUGUCUUGCAUUAAAACCACUUUUGAAGAUACUGAUGAGGCACACAUUACAUUAGUCAUUUCGCAAAAGCGACUUACAAUUCAGAUUCUAUCACACCGUAGGCACAGCUACGGGAGCAAU